GAGGCCUUUUUGGGGAAGAGGGAACAGAACCCACCUGUGUUGUGGCGCAGCAUAUGGCGACACCCGCUUUCCAGGCGAUCUCUGCAGCUCCCCCAACCCAGCUACGCUCCCCCCACCCACCAUCACUCCUCAUAACGUUUAGUUUGCCCACUCUCUCUCCCAUGGCAACGGCUAUUUUUCUCUUCCUCGCGGCGGUGGCGGUCGUCGCUGCCGCCGCGCAACUCCGCUCCGAGACGGUCGGGGAAGUGGAAGCGGAAGCGUUGCUCUCCUUCAAGCGGGACCUGCACGAUCCGCUCGGCGCGUUAGACGGCUGGGACUCGUCCACGCCCCUCGCGCCCUGCGACUGGCGCGGCGUCCUCUGUUACGGCGGCCGUGUUCGCGAGCUCCGCCUGCCGCGUCUCAACCUCGCCGGCCGACUCACUGAGCGCAUUGCUGACUUGCGCGAGCUGCGCAGGUUGAGCCUCCGCUCCAACUUCUUCAACGGCUCUAUUCCUGCUUCCCUUUCUCAGUGCGCUCUGUUACGCGCUGUUUAUCUGCAGAACAACUCAUUCUCCGGCGCGAUACCACCGGCGAUGGCAAAUCUCAGCAAUCUCCAGGUGCUCAGCGUCGCGAAUAAUUUUCUCUCCGGGGGAGUCUCCGGCCUCCUUCCGAGGAGCCUCCGGUACCUCGACCUGUCCUCCAACGCCUUUUCCGGCGAAGUACCGGCGAACUUAUCGGCUCAGCUUGAGCUCAUUAACCUGUCGUUCAAUAAGUUUUCCGGCGAGGUCCCGGCGAGCAUUGGGGGGCUUCAGCGGCUGCAGUAUCUGUGGCUGGACUCGAACUUUCUGUACGGGACUCUGCCUUCGGCAGUGGCGAACUGUUCCUCUCUGGUGCAUUUUAGCGCCGAAAACAAUGCGCUCAAAGGUUUUGUGCCGGCGACCAUCGGAGAGAUUCCAAAGCUGCAAGUGCUUUCGUUGUCGCGUAACCAACUGUCCGGUACGGUCCCCACUUCUCUGUUCUGCAACGUCUCUGUCAAUUCGCCGUCGCUGAGAGUCAUCCAAAUGGGGUUUAAUGCUUUCACGAGCAUCGCUGAGCCGCAAAAUGCUUCCCCGCGUUUUGGGGCUUUGGAGAUUUUGGACCUGCAACAGAAUCACAUGAAUGGAGUAUUUCCAUCUUGGUUGAUUAAUGUGUCUACGCUUAGAGCGCUGGAUUUUUCCGGCAACUUCUUCUCGGGUACAUUACCGGCCGGAAUAGGCAAUUCAUUGACAUUGAAGGAGCUCAGGGUGGCCAAUAAUUCGCUUUACGGUGAAGUGCCUGCCGGUAUUCAAAAAUGUAGUUCGUUGCAGGUUCUGGAUCUCGAAGGAAAUCGAUUUACGGGUCAGAUUCCGGCGUUUUUGGGGGAACUAAGAGGGUUAAAGAUGUUAUCGUUAGGCAGAAAUGGGUUUUCUGGUUCGAUUCCGGCGAGCUAUGGAAACCUUUCAGAGUUGGAAGCUUUGAAUCUCGGCGGUAACAACUUAACGGGGAAUGUGCCGGAAGAGUUGAUGAAACUGAGCAACUUGAGCACUUUGAUUCUUAGCUACAACAAGUUCUUCGGUGGGGUUCCCUACGGUAUCGGGAACUUGAAGGGGUUGCUUGUUCUGAACUUGAGCGGCUGUGGGUUUUCAGGAAGGAUUCCAACGAGUACUGGGAGCUUGAUGAAACUCACGGUUCUGGAUUUGAGUCAUCAAAAACUCUCCGGAGAGGUGCCGAUUGAACUCUUUGGGUUGCCGAAUCUGCAAGUUGUUGCUCUGGAAGAGAACGAGUUAAGUGGGGAAGUUCCCGAAGGUUUUAGCAGUUUACUGGGCUUGAAGUAUCUAAAUCUGACGUCCAAUGCUUUCUCCGGUGAGAUCCCGACGACGUACGGAUUUCUAAGGUCUCUGGUUGCUUUGUCGCUGUCCCGUAAUCGUAUCUCUGGAAAGAUUCCGGCAGAGCUUGGCAACUGCUCUGCUCUAGAAGUACUUGAACUCCGGUCGAACCAUUUAACGGGUGCAUUGCCCGGUGCUCUCUCUCGACUCUCUCAUUUGAAAAUGCUUGAUUUGGGUCAGAAUAGUUUGGGAGGAGAAGUUCCAGAGGACAUCCACAAAUUAUCUUCUUUGAGUUCUCUGUUGUUGGAUGCUAAUCACCUUUCAGGCCUCAUACCAGACUCAAUCUCAAAACUAUCAAACCUCACAGUGCUGGAUCUAUCAUCAAACAGAUUAACCGGAGCAAUUCCGGCGAACCUUUCGAUUAAUCCCGUGUUAAAGUACUUGAAUCUAUCGCAGAAUAACCUGGAAGGCGAAAUUCCAAAAAUGCUGGCUUCGCAGUUCAAUGAUCCUUCUGUGUUCGCGAUGAAUCCGAACCUGUGCGGGAAACCAUUAGGUAAGGAAUGCAGAAAUGUCACUACGAAGAGGAGGGUGAGACUCAUUGUGCUAAUAUGUGUAACAGCGGGCGGAGCUUGCCUUCUCGUGCUCUGUUUCUGCGGCUACGUCCUCGGCCUCCUCCGCUGGUGGCGCAAGAGACUCCGAAGUGGAGCUGCCGCGGCAGCAGCCGGGGAGAAGAAGCGCAGCCCCGGCCGCGCAAGCUCCGGCCGCGGAAGCAGCGAGAACGGAGGCCCCCCAAAGCUCGUAAUGUUCAACAACAAAAUCACAUACGCAGAGACACUCGAAGCCACGAGACAAUUCGACGAGGAAAAUGUCCUGAGCAGAGGGAAAUACGGACUCGUGUUCAAAGCCACUUACCCAGACGGAAUGGUGCUCUCAAUCCGCCGCCUCCCUGACGGAUCCACAGACGAGGGCGUUUUCAGGAAAGAAGCAGAAUCCCUUGGCAGAGUAAAGCACCGGAACCUCACCGUCCUCCGCGGCUACUACGCCGGGCCGCCGGAUAUCAGGCUCCUUGUCUACGACUACAUGCCCAACGGAAACCUCGCAACUCUUCUCCAGGAGGCCUCUCAUCAGGACGGCCAUGUCCUGAAUUGGCCAAUGCGCCACUUAAUUGCCCUCGGUAUCGCUCGCGGGUUGGCCUUCCUCCAUUCCGCCUCAGUGAUUCAUGGCGACGUUAAGCCCCAAAACGUGCUCUUCGACGCCGAUUUCGAAGCCCAUCUCUCCGAUUUCGGACUGGGUCGCCUGACGCCGGCGACGCCGGCGGAGGCUUCCUCAUCGUCUACCCCAGUUGGGUCUCUCGGGUACGUGUCCCCGGAAGCUACAUUAACGGGGCAGGCGACGAAGGAAGCGGAUGUUUACAGUUUCGGAAUUGUGUUAUUGGAGAUACUGACGGGGAAGAAGCCGGUGAUGUUUACCCAAGAUGAAGAUAUCGUGAAGUGGGUGAAGAGACAGUUGGAGAGAGGUCAAGUGUCUGAGCUUCUCGAGCCGGGAUUGCUGGAAUUGGAUCCGGAGUCAUCGGAGUGGGAAGAAUUUUUGCUGGGGAUCAAAGUGGGAUUGCUCUGUACGGCGCCUGAUCCUCUUGAUCGGCCGUCGAUGGCGGACGUCGUCUUUAUGCUUGAAGGCUGCCGAAUUGGGCCGGACAUUCCGUCGUCGGCCGACCCUACGUCUCUCCCUUCUCCGGUGUGAAGAAAUUAUUAAUUUGAACCUUUUUUUUUUUUUUUUUAGAGUGUCGCCAUUACUUCUUCUCCAUAGAAGUCAUUGACCACAUUUUCUUCCUUUUUAUGUGCUCUUCUGUUUUGCAUUUUUUCCAUUAUUAAUUAAUUUAAAAUCUCUUUGGUUCAUUUUAA